AUGGGACUCAUCAUGAUGGGACCAGCAGCAGAUGUUGGCCUUGUUCUCCCAGCAGUGGCACUGGUGCUGCUGAUGCUGCUGGCUGCCGAUGCCGUGGUGCCAGCCAAGGACUCCCUGAUGAACAUCUGCAUCGAUGCCAAGCACCACAAAAGCGARCCUGGCCCCGAGGGCAAGCUGCAUGAGCAGCGAGUGGCCAGCGCUGUGGUGCAGCGCUCCCRGCCCAGCCUGGCCCUUGCUCUGUCACAGUGCUCCCCCUGGAAGGACAAGGCCUGCUGCACAGCCAACACCAGCCUGGAAGCCCACAAGGACCAAUCCAACCUCUACAACUUCAACUGGAACCACUGCGGGGUGAUGCCACCCAAGUGCAAGCGCCACUUCAUCCAGGACAUGUGCUUGUACGAGUGCUCACCCAACCUGGGGCCCUGGAUUGACCAGGUUGACAGCAGCUGGCGUCGGGAGAGGAUUCUCCACGUGCCCCUCUGCAAGGAGGACUGCGAGGAGUGGUGGAAGGACUGCAAGGACUCCCUCACGUGCAAAGAGAACUGGCACAAGGGCUGGAACUGGGCGACAGGAACCAACCGCUGUCCCUGGGGCUCCAUGUGCAGACCCUUCAGCGAGGUUUUCCCCCGACCUAAGGACCUGUGCGAGAAGAUCUGGUCCAACUCCUACAAAUACAGCCCYGAGCAGCGGGGCAGCGGGCGCUGCAUCCAGAUGUGGUUUGACCCUGCCCACGGGAACCCCAACGUGGCUGUGGCAAAAUAUUAUGCUUGGAAAAAGAGAUCCUCCCCUACCCAGGGGGACAACGUGGCUCCUGAGAGUGACCAAGCUGUGUGUGCUCUGUUCUGCUCUGUCCUGCUCCUGCUGCCCCUGGCCCUCACACUGCUCUCUGAGGUGGCUGGGGGCUGUGGGGUCCCAAGGAUGGGUGUCCCUGCAGUGGCCCUGUGAUGGGGCAUGGCCUGGACUGCUCCAGCUGACCCACGGGAGGAGCUGGCCCCACUCCAGUGUCUGUCUUGGUGCUCAGCACAAGUUGUGCUCUGGGACCUCUUGUGGCUGCUGCCCAGGACAGGGAUUGUCUUGCCGUUAWGGGGAGGGUGAUACAAUCUCUGCUCUGAUGUGGGAGCUCCUGCACAUCUGUUCCCACCCCGUGGCUGUGUGCUGGCUUGGCUGAGCUCUGGUGUCUGGUCCUUUGGGCUGAUGUGACUCCCUGAAGGGUGGGUUUGAUAA